AUGUCGUUCAAUUUGUUCUCUACCCCACAGCAACAGCAGACUCAGCAAUCGCCGUUUCAGACUCAGCCUGGUUCCCUCUUCUCGCAAACGCCGCAACAACAACAGCAGCCAUCGCCGUUUCAGACUCAGCCUGCUCCGGCGAAUUACAGUACGAAAUGGUCCGAUCUUCAUCCAGAUUCUCAGAAAGUUCUGCUUCAGAUUGAAGAGAAGAUAUUGGAAUAUAGAAGUGAAAGUCAGAGGUUAGAUCAAUGUAAUCGACUUUAUGAUUCUUCUGUAUCCAGUGAAGGGUUCGAGUUUGAUGCAAGCCGUAUUGUUCAGGAGCUUGGUGGGAUUAAUACAGCCAUGGAUAGACAGAAAGCUGUUUUGCAUGAGCUUAUGGUGGUUGCUAAAGACAUGUUGCGUAAUGCAGAGAUUGCGGUUCGGUCUUUUAUGAUGCUACAACCAAGAUUCCAUCAUUCGAAACCAGGAGGUGUUGUUAAUGGUGGUUCUCAACCAUCUCAGGGACAGGGAGCAAAUCCAGCUCCUGCUUCCUCUGGUCAACAACAACAAGCAGUCACUUCGAUUGUUCAAGUUUCUGAUUUUUACCGUGGGAUUCCGAAGAAACCCACAGCUUUUCUACUGCAAACGGUUGCAAGGUUCGAGAAGUAUUUAGGCGAGUGCCGCCAAUGGGUUGAGGAGCUGGAGCAAUUGCUUGCCUUGGAUUCUGACAAGUAUAAUCGACACGCUUCGCUUUUAGAAUCUCUUCCUAAAGUCAUGUCUAAUGUGCAUGACUUCUUUGUCCAUGUGGCUGCUAAGGUAGAGAAUAUUCACCAAUAUAUUGAAUCGAUGAGAACAGCGUAUCUUGCUGACCAGCGCCGUAGAGGAGAAUGUAAUGAUCCGUUUCUUGAGGCUGAUCGAAGGGAAACAGCAAAGCAAGAAGCUGCUGCGAAAAGAGUCCAUCCGACUCUACAUCUACCUACUACUAGUACACAAACCUCAACCCAAGUUGCUGGGUUGAUUGCCAGCUCAGCAGCUCCCGGGGCUUUGAAUGCUCCACAAACAUCUGCAGCUGCUCCAACACCAAACCCUUCUUCAGGAGCUGCCUUUUCGUUAUUCAAUACACCUGCUUCUGGACCUUCGCCUUCUCUCUUUGCUACGCCGCCUUCUGCUGCUCCUCCCUCCUCUUUUUUUGCACCAUCCACAACGCCUCCGGCUUCUACAUUUGCUCCUGCUCCAUCAUUUCUUAGCCAGCCAACUCCAUCCAUUGGAGCGCCUUCGCCAUUUAUAGGUGUAACACCGGGAUCAGGAGUCAGCUUUGGUUCUCUGUCGUCAAAACCAAGGCCAAAAUCUCGAACUGCACGCCGUUAA